UUCGUUAGAUAAUAAAGGGGAUUUAUUCUGUUUACUGAGUGACUUUUGAGUCGUAUUUUGUCAACAAAAUGAAUCCUAAUGAAGCGUGGAUGCCAAUGAAGGAUCCGAAAUAUUGUUUCUUACCAACCUGCAAAAACUGUUCAAGAGAUCAUCAGAAAGCAUUUUUUGCGGUGCCUAGCUCCGCAAAACAAGAGUGGUGCAAUGCUGUGGGUAUUACAUGCCCUAAACGCGUUUUAUAUAUAUGCGAAGAUCACCUCAAUUUGGAGGAAGAUGUGGAGAACUAUAGGUAUUGGAAGACAAUGAAAGUGCGACCAAAGUUAAAGUCUCGGCUACCAGAAUCUCUUAGAAUAACGCUUUCAACGGAUCAUCAAAAAAUUUGUGAACCUAGACCAAGCACAUCUUCUGCAUCAUCUACACAAUCGAAUAUAGGGGCAUUUUAUAAUAAUCCCUUAAUAACUAAAGCCAGCAAAGCAGUACAAGUGAAGCCAAAAACAUCAGAUCGAACUACUUAUUGUGCCAUUUACAAAAAGAAAGAACAGAAACCAGAAGUGUUUGAAGAAGAUUAUGAGAUGGAAGAAGUUUUACCUUCAACUCAAGGAAGCACCACCUCUGCUGAAAUCUCAGAAACUUCAUCUGUGGUUGUCACUAAAACUACAAGACAGGGUAGAAACUUUAUGCUUAACCUGAUUGAGAAAAAACCACAAAACUACAUAGGUUUGCCAAAGAAUUAUUAUUGGUUGAUUGAAUAUUUAGAAUUAAAUCUAAAAAUAAAAUCCUUUCAUAUAAUAAUCACAUUAUAUAAAAUUAAAAAUAGCACACCCUUUUAUCAAAUUUCAGGCAUGUUUGAAGUGUCACUAACCACAUUAUGGAGAAUUUUUUUGAAGACAUUGUGUACUUUAUCUAAGUUCUUUAAACAAUUAAUAUUUUCUCCACGUGUUUAUGAAGUCAAAAGAAACUUGCCAGCCUCCUUCAAAACAAAUAAAGAAUAUUCAAAUGUUUUUUGCAUUAUCGAUUGCUUUGAAAUAGAAAUUGAAAAACCAUCAAAUCCCAUUGACCAGUCUCUAACAUGGUCACAGUACAAAAAUGCUAACACUUUAAAAUAUUUGAUAUCCGUAACACCUGAUGGUUUUGUUAACUUUGUAUCUGUUGGCUUCGGUGGACGUAUAUCUGAUGCCAAUAUAGUAGAAAACAGUGGUUUUCUGGAUGUGCUCCCACCCAAGUUGAAUGGCUUCAUAAAUUCUGGACCCUGUCACUCUGCCUUGACGCAUAGAAUGCCACAGUUUUGA